AAAAAGCCUUUGCAGAAGUGCUUCUCGGCAUCUUUGCAGACACCGUAGCUAGACUGCAUCAUCUGGGUCCUAGUGGGGGUCUACUUGUCCUCUUAAGAGGUAUAGGCAUAACUUGGGCGCGGACAGACCUGAGACAGCCUGACUGACUUUUCAAACCUUUCACUUUAACUUCCUGGAGCUCUGAUUUCUCCUUCUCAGAUUCAGAUGGACUGUGAAAAACAACAAGAUGGAUGAUCAUACGGAGAUUGUUUCUAACAUCAAUCUUCAUAAAAAUUUUUCUGACACAUGGCUGGAAUAUUUAAGGAGUUUUUUUUUCAGACUCCUGAGGACCUCCCUGAAGUCAUUCUAACAUUGUCUUUGAUCAGCACCAUUGGAGCAUUUUUGAACCUGCUCUUGGAAGACUUUCCAAUUCCUGUCCCUGUGAUAUUAUUUUUACUUGGAUGCAGUUUUGAAGUAUUAAGCUUUACAUCUUCACAGGUCCAAAGAUACGCAAACACCAUACAAUGGAUGAGUCCAGACUUAUUUUUUCGUAUAUUUACACCAGUAAUUUUCUUUACUACUGCACUUGACAUGGAUACAUACAUGCUUCGAAAGUUAUUUUGGCAGAUACUUUUAAUUACAAUUCCCGGCUUUUUGGUUAAUUAUAUCUUAGUUCUUUGGUAUCUGGCAUCUGUAAAUAAAUUACUUUUGAAGCCCACCUCACGGUUAUUAUUUUCAGCUAUCCUUGUGAGUUCAGAUCCCAUGCUAACCGCAGCUGCUGUAAGAGACCUUGGGCUUUCUAGAAGCCUCAUCAGUUUAAUUAAUGGAGAAAGUCUGAUGACCUCUGUUAUAUCAUUAAUUACAUUUACUAGUAUUAUGGAUUUUGGCAAAAGACUACAAAGUAAAAGAAACCAUACCUUAGCUGAAGAGAUCGUGGGUGGAAUUUGUUCAUAUAUUAUAGCAAGUUUCUUGUUUGGAAUUCUAAGUUCAAAACUGAUUCAAUUUUGGAUGUCAACUGUUUUUGGUGAUGAUGUCAAUCAUAUAAGUCUCAUCUUUUCAAUUCUGUAUCUCAUCUUUUAUAUUUGUGAGUUAGUUGGAAUGUCAGGAAUAUUUACUCUGGCCAUUGUCGGACUUCUUUUAAAUUCUACAAGUUUUAAAGCAGGAGUUGAAGAAACACUUCUUCUUGAAUUCUGGACUUUUCUAUCACGUGUUGCUUUUCUCAUGGUGUUUACUUUCUUUGGACUUCUAAUUCCUGCACAUACAUAUUUGUAUAUAAAAUUCGUUGAUAUAUACUAUUCAUUAAAUAUCUAUUUCACACUGAUUGUUUUAAGAUUUCUGACCCUUCUGUUAAUGAGCCCUGUUUUGUCUCGAGUUGGUCAUGAGUUCAGCUGGCGCUGGGUAUUCAUAAUGGUCUGUAGUGAAACGAAAGGGAUGCCUAAUAUAAACAUGGCCCUUCUGCUUGCCUACUCUGAUCUUUAUUUUGGAUCUGACAAAGAAAAAUCUCAAGUAUUAUUUCAUGGAGUGUUAGUGUGCCUAAUAACCCUUGUUGUCAAUAGAUUUAUUUUGCCAGUGGCAGUUACUAUACUAGGUCUUCGUGAUGCCACAUCAACAAAAUAUAAAUCGGUUUGUUGCACAUUUCAGCACUUUCAAGAGCUAACCAAGUCUGCAGCCUCUGCCCUUAAAUUUGACAAAGAUCUUGCUAAUGCUGAUUGGAACAUGAUUGAGAAAGCAAUUAUACUUGAAAACCCAUACAUGUUGAACGAAGAAGAAACAACAGAACAUCAGAAGGUGAAAUGUCCACACUGUAACAAGGAAAUAGAUGAGAUCUUUAACAUUGAAGCAAUGGAGCUGGCCAACAGGCGUCUGUUGUCGGCACAAAUAGCAAGCUACCAGAGACAAUACAGGGAUGAGAUUCUGUCCCAGAGUGCUGUCCAGGUGUUGGUUGGUGCAGCAGGAAGUUUUGGUGAGAAGAAGGGAAAAUAUAUGAGUCUUGAGACAAUAAAGAAUUAUUCUGAAAGCCAAAAAACAGUUACCUUUACUAGAAAACUACUACUUAAUUUGGUGUAUAAUACCAGAAAGGAAAAAGGGGGCCCAUCAAAAUACUUCUUUUUUCGUAUAUGCCAUACAGUAGUAUUUACUGAGGAAUUUGAACAUGUUGGAUACCUUGUGAUAUUAAUGAAUAUAUUUCCCUUUAUAAUCUCUUGGAUAUCCCAGUUAAAUGUAAUCUACCACAACGAAUUAAAACACACUAACUACUGUUUUCUUACACUUUAUGUUCUAGAGGCACUACUUAAGAUAGCAGCAAUGAGGAAGGACUUUUUUUCACAUGCCUGGAACCUAUUCGAGUUAGCAAUUACAUUAAUUGGCAUCUUAUAUGUAAUAGUUAUUGAAAUAGACACCAUUAAGUAUAUUUUUAAUGUGACUGAAGUAAUAGUCUUUAUAAAAGUUGUUCAAUUUAUUCGUAUACUACGCAUUUUCAAGCUCAUAGCACCAAAGUUGCUGCAAAUAAUAGAUAAAAGAAUGAGUCAUCAGAAGACCUUUUGGUAUGGAAUACUAAAAGGAUAUGUCCAAGGCGAAGCAGACAUAAUGACUAUAAUUGAUCAGAUUACAAGUUCUAAACAGAUUAAACAGAUGUUAUUAAAGCGAGUGAUAAGGAAUAUGGAACAUGCUAUGAAAGAGCUAGGCUACUUAGAGUAUGAUCACCCAGAAAUUGCUGUCACUGUGAAAACAAAGGAAGAAAUUAAUGUUAUGCUCAAUAUGGCUACAGAAAUUCUUAACACUUUCAGCUUAAAAGGAAUUAUUAGUGAAAUUGAAGGUGCUGGAAUUAAUAAGUUAAUCAUGGCCAAAAGGAAAGAGGUGCUUGAUUCUCAAUCUAUUAUCAGGCCUCUUACUGUUGAAGAAGUCCUAUAUCAUAUUCCGUGGCUAGAUAAAAACAAAGACCAUAUAAACUUCAUUCAGGAAAAAGCCAAAGUUGUAACAUUUGAUUGUGGAAAUGAUAUAUUUGAAGAAGGUGAUGAGCCCAAAGGAAUCUAUAUCAUUAUUUCAGGCAUGGUAAAGCUUGAAAAAUCAAAGCCAGGUUUAGGGAUUGAUCAAAUGAUGGAGUCAAAGGAGAAGGAUUUUCUGAUAAUUGACACAGACUAUAUGCUCAGUGGAGAAAUAAUAGGAGAGAUAAGCUGCUUAACUAAUGAACCUAUGAAAUAUUCUGCCACCUGCGAAACUGUAGUGGAGACAUGUUUUAUUCCCAAAACUCACUUGUAUGAUGCUUUUGAGCAAUGCUCUCCUCUCAUUGAAAAAAUGUGGCUAAAAAUUGGACUCGCUAUUACAGCCAGAAAAAUCAGAGAACACUUAUCUUAUGAGGAUUGGAACUACAAGAUGCAACUAAAGCUCUCUAAUAUUUAUGUAGUAGAUAUACCAACGAGCACCAAAACUGAUAUUUAUGAUGAAAAUCUAAUCUAUGUUAUCCUCAUACAUGGAGCUGUAGAAGAUUGUCUGUUACGAAAAACUUAUAGAGCACCUUUCUUAAUUCCUAUAACAUGCCAUCAGAUACAAGGUACUGAAGAUUUCACAAAAGUAGUGAUUACUCAAACUCCAAUUAACAUGAAAACAUUCAGAUGGAAUAUUAGAAAGUUUGUUCCUAAACAUAAAAGUUCUCUUACACCAGAAUUAAUAGGUUCAGCUGGAACAUUGGAAGAAGGCAUUCAAGAAGAAACAAAUGUUAAGGAGAUGCAAGAGCCUGCACAUUUUCUUGAUGAUCUCAAUGACAAAGUUCAACUGUAAGGAGUCCCCUAGAAUAAACCUAAGGAAAGUCAGGAAAGAGUAAGACUGUUAUGAAGACCGAAGCAUGUAUUAAUGCUGUGGCUGUGAGAGGCCUCCUGCUGCAGAAACACACUUCCCUACAUCAAGAAGGAGCAACUUCAAGUUGGAUCCUGUGUGGACGAUCUUGGUGCUAAGCAGAAAAGAAAUUUGGACCUUGAGACCAUCAGUUCAACAUAUAUACUUUUUGCAAAAUUUCCUUGAUUUAAAAUAUUUGUUAUUUUAAAUAUACAAAACAUUUUAGAAAAUCUUAGAGUAAAUUUUAGUCUUAAAGCCAGAAAAUAAGCUUAUAGCCAUCUAGAUAUUUUGCAUAUUGCUGUUACAGCAAUAACGGUUUGGUUCACUUUAUGAAAAAUAAAAUGUAUUAAAAUAUAGUUUAAAUGUUGUUCUUGAUCCAA